AUGACUGAUAGUAUAGACCCAGAAGCAUUAAAGAAGCAGCUGAAACAAGAGUUGGCAUUACGCAGAUUUCAGGAACUUGCAACCGAUCUUGUGCCCAGAUGUUUCUCUAAAUGUGUUAUUCGCCCAGGUUUGAAACUAGACAGUUAUGAGCAGUCAUGUUUAGCACGAUGCACAGACCAAUACCAGGAAGUUAUGCAAGUGGUAUCCAAAAGGUUUUUGAAGAAACUGGAACAAGGAUCUAUGCAGGACUAG